AUGGUCCGGGUGUGUUGUUUGCUCCCCCUUUCUUUCCUCCACCCCAUGCGGCACAGUGCGUGCAUGAGUGCAGAGGGCGCGCCAGGGGCUGCUGGGUGGCGACGGGGGAGAGGAGACCAAGGGGGAUGGGGGCAAAGGGGGGAGGAGAGAAGGAGUGGGGAGAAGGGAGGUGCGGGGAUGGACAUGUUUGGUGAUGAGGAUGAUGAGGGCAGGGGUGAUGCAGGGGCCGAUGGUAAAAGGGGCGAUGGUAAAGGGGAAGGGGGGGAGAAGGAAGGUGAGAGGAACGAGGCCAAGGGAGGUGCAAAAGGGAAAGAAGGGGAGAUGGGUGGAGGGGAGGGGAAGGAGGGAGGGGAGGAGAAGGCAGGGGGUGGGGGGAGUGGAGCGCUGAGCAACAGCGGCUAUGAGUUUGACCACGCCAGUGGUUGA